CAUAUGCGAGAGGCUGCUGAGCGGCGGCAACAGCUGGAGUUGGAGCAUGAGCAAGCCCUGGCCAUCCUCAAUGCCAAGCAGCAGGAGAUCCAGCUUCUGCAGCAGGCUCAGGUUGAAGCUAAGAGAGAGCAUGAAGGGGCAGUACAGCUGUUAGAGAACACGCUGGACUGCAUGCAGUCCAAGGUCCAAGAGCUGGAAGAGAAAUGCCGUGUGCAGAGUGAACAGUUUAACCUAUUGUCCCGGGACCUGGAAAAGUUCCGGCAGCACACUGGGAGUAUUGACCUACUGGGCAGCAGCUCAGUAGCCUUGCUGGAUGUUCCUUUGGCCCCCGGCAAGCCUUACCCUCAGUACAUGAAUGGACUAGCCACCUCCAUCCACAAAGGUCACGAGGGCUCCACCGGACACUACUCUGUAAUUGGUGACUACAUUCCGCUGUCUGGGGACAAGCUGGAGUCUCCGUGUGUGAGGCCUUCCUUCCUGUUGCGAUCCAGUAGCCCAAGAUGCAGAUUUGAGUCCGAGAUGGACAAUGACCGGAACUCUAACAACUCCAAGCGAAGCAGCUCGGGGAAGGUGCACCUGUGUGUGGCUCGCUACAGUUACAACCCCUUCGAUGGGCCCAAUGAGAACCCAGAAGCUGAACUGCCUCUCACGGCGGGAAAGUACCUCUAUGUCUAUGGGGACAUGGACGAAGAUGGGUUCUAUGAAGGAGAGCUUCUGGAUGGGCAGAGGGGCUUGGUGCCUUCCAACUUUGUGGAUUUUAUCCAGGACAAUGAGUCGAGGUUGGCUGGCACUCUGGGGAGUGAGCAGGACCAGAACUUUCUCAACCACUCUGGCAUCAGUCUGGAGCGGGACAGCAUCCUACACCUUCACUCUCCAACUCAAGUGGACUCGGGGAUCACCGACAAUGGGGGGACCCUGGAUGUGAACAUCGACGACAUCGGAGAAGACAUUGUGCCUUACCCUAGGAAAAUCACCCUUAUCAAACAGCUUGCCAAAAGUGUCAUCGUGGGCUGGGAGCCCCCUGCUGUGCCUCCUGGCUGGGGCACCGUGAGCAGUUAUAAUGUGCUGGUGGACAAAGAGACACGCAUGAGCCUUGCCCUGGGCAGGAGAACUAAGGCCCUAAUUGAGAAACUCAACACAGCUGCCUGCACCUACCGCAUCUCCGUGCAGUGCGUCACGAGCCGGGGAAACUCGGACGAGCUGCAGUGCACGCUGCUGGUGGGCAAGGAUGUGGUGGUGGCACCAUCCCAACUGCGUGUGGACAACAUCACCCAGAUCUCUGCCCAGCUCUCAUGGCUGCCAACCAACAGUAACUACAGCCAUAUCAUCUUCCUCAACGAAGAGGAACUGGACAUCGUGAAGGCAGCCAGAUACAAGUACCAAUUCUUCAACCUCCGGCCUAAUAUGGCCUACAAGGUGAAGGUCUUGGCCCAGCCACACCAGAUGCCCUGGCAGCUGCCGCUGGAGCAGAGAGAAAAGAAGGAGGCCUGUGUGGAGUUCUCCACGCUGCCUGCAGGCCCUCCGGCCCCACCACAAGAUGUCAUUGUCCAAGCUGGGGCCACCGCUGCCUCCAUUCAGGUCUCCUGGAAGCCCCCAGCACUGACUCCCACUGGGUUGUCCAAUGGAGCGACUGUCACCGGAUACGGCGUGUACGCCAAAGGGCAGAGGGUGGCUGAGGUCAUUGCCCCCACCGCAGAUGGCACGGCAGUGGAGCUGAUCCGGCUGCGAAGUCUGGAGGCCAAGGCCGUGAGUGUGCGUACCCUGUCUGCACAGGGAGAGUCCAUGGAUUCUGCCCUCGCUGCCAUCCCCCCUGACCUCCUGGUGCCUCCUGCCCCCCACCCAAGGACUGCUCCCCCACCAAAGCCAUUAGCAAGUGACAUGGAUACCAAAGACCAACACCUGGGUCCCCGCGUCAAAGUGGACGAGUCCUGGGAGCAGAGCCGCUCCCCGGGCCCUGCACAUGGCCACACAUUGGAACCGCCUGACAUGCAUAGUGCGGGCCCGGGCAGAAGGUCACCCUCGCCCAGCCGGAUCCUUCCUCAGCCACAGGGAGCCCCUGUGUCGACCACCGUUGCCAAGGCCAUGGCCCGGGAAGCUGCACAGAAGGUGGCCGAGAGUAACAGGUUAGAGAAAAGGAGCCUCUUUCUAGAGCAAAGCAGUGCUGGGCAAUACGCCAACUCAGACGAGGAGGAUGGCUACGCCUCCCCCGAGGUCAAGAGGAGAGGCACAUCAGUGGAUGACUUCCUGAAGGGGUCAGAGCUGGGCAAGCAGCCCCACUGUUGCCAUGGAGACGAGUACCACACAGAGAGCAGCCGUGGGUCAGACCUGUCGGACAUCAUGGAGGAGGAUGAGGAGGAGCUAUACUCAGAGAUGCAGCUGGAGGAUGGGGGCCGGCGUCGGCCCAGCGGUACCUCUCACAAUGCCCUCAAGAUUUUAGGAAACUCCGCGUUGAUGGGACGAGCGGACCGGAUGGAGCACGUGAGCCGAAGGUAUUCACACAGCGGCGGAGGGCCUCAUAGGCACCGGCCGGCAAUGGCUCCAUCCACUGAUGAAUACACCGGGCGAGACCAUCUUUCUCCAGAUUUCUAUGAUGAGUCAGAAACUGACCCUGGUGCUGAGGAGCUCCCAGCCCGCAUCUUCGUGGCUCUGUUUGACUAUGACCCGCUCACCAUGUCCCCAAACCCGGAUGCUGCGGAAGAGGAGCUUCCCUUCAAAGAAGGACAGAUCAUCAAGGUAUACGGAGACAAAGACGCAGAUGGUUUCUAUCGUGGGGAGACCUGUGCCAGGCUCGGCCUCAUCCCCUGUAACAUGGUCUCCGAGAUCCAUGCAGACGAUGAGGAGAUGAUGGACCAGCUGCUGAGGCAGGGUUUCCUCCCUCUGAACACGCCCGUGGAGAAAAUAGAGAGAAGUAGAAGAAGCGGCCGGGGUCACUCUGUACCCACACGAAGAAUGGUGGCUCUCUAUGACUAUGACCCUAGGGAAAGCUCUCCUAACGUGGACGUUGAGGCUGAACUUCCAUUUUGCACAGGAGACAUUAUUACUGUUUUUGGCGAAAUCGAUGAAGAUGGAUUUUAUUAUGGAGAGCUGAAUGGGCACAAAGGCCUCGUGCCUUCCAACUUCCUGGAAGAAGUGCCUGAUGACGUGGAGGUCCACCUUUCUGAUGCUCCGCCCCACUACUCCCACGACCCGCCCAUGCGCUCCAAGGCCAAAAGGGUUCCUCCCGAGGGUUCAGGGACAGCAAGGAGAGCUCCAUCCCCCACAGCCCAUCUCCAUUCGGGGUCACCUACGUCAUCUAUGGGUUCUGGUAGUCCCGGGAGAGGCAGGGAAAUGUCCUCGAAAAAGAAAAAAGGGCUGCUCUCCAGAGGCAAGAAACUGCUGCAAAGGCUGGCUGCAGUCAAGUGACCCCUGAGCCUCCCUCCGGACACUUCCAAAUCCAUGUCACUCGCUUUAAUUCCAAACGAGGACUCCCCAAACCCAACCUUGAUCCCCCUCCCCAACCCCACUCACCCACCCCAGCAGUAGAGAGAUACACUCUUACACUAUCAUUCAUGUGAUACCACUGGAAAGAUCAGGGAAGAGGCGGCACUGCAGUCCCCUCCCUCUCUGUUCCCAAGGUUCUGUCCAAGGUCUGGGGUGGGGGAGGUUGGAGGGGGCAGCAGGCUGAGCAGCAGGAGGGGUGGUGGGGAGGGCUCUCUGCAGCCACCCCACCCCCACCUGCAGUUCCAGCCAGCACACACUAGAGGGCAGCCCUGCCGGGGUUUCUGACCUCCCCACCCCACCGUCUCAAGACAGCUUGGCUCAUUCCACAGUACUGUCAUUUCCACGCGGCUCUUGAGAUUCCUAGUUUUUAACUCGCCUUGAUGUUCUGGCCUUAUAACUGCACAGUGGUUUGUACUGUCGAAUAAAAACACCGUGUAUACUU